AUGCCUGCGAUGAGCGAGUGCGUGAGGCUCAACAAGGCCUGCACUGGCGGCUGCUGCAUGUGCGAGUCGGAUAAAUGGUAUGGCGCUAAUUGUGACCAGCCUCUGUGUUGGCCCAAAUGUCGACACGGGGGCUGCGUUGCCCCCAACGUCUGCCAUUGCGAUGAAGGCUGGUCCGGACCGUCUUGUGAGAUCGCCUCCUGCAACCCGCCUUGCAAGACACCUAUAUCGAAUCCUCCGUGUGUGAACGGGGAGGCGAUCUGUCCAGAUCUCUGUAAAUGCGAGCCUGGUUGGGGAGGUCGUAUUUGCGACUAUCCCCUUUGCCAACACUGGCCGGAGCCUUCCUCUGACUGCGGUCAUGGCUACUGUGAAUCACCUAACAGAUGUGUCUGCGAUCCUGGCUGGACACACCUCGUCACGAAGGGCCAGGACGGCAUGGACGAGCUGCCCUUCUGGUGGCGCGGGCGUACUGCCUCAGCCGAAAUCUCUCCAACUGAUUUCGUCUACGGCGACACGAGAUUUGUCCAGACAUCUGAAACCUCGUACCGCUUCGACCAAUAUAAUGCUUUCAAGUGCGACAUGCCCACGAACUGCAAGAUAAUCGGCGACGGGCAUUGUGCAACAUGCGAGCCUGUCACUGGUCGAUGCCUCACUUGCGAGCCCGGGUUCUUCCUGUUGCCUCCAAUCGUGGACAACUCCACACAGUCUGCGAGAUGCCACCAGUGCAAUCUCCGAUGGCGACGGUGUCGGACUUGUUCGGCGGAGCGAUGUUUGUCUUGUGACCCGCUUUUCGUGAUGAGGGAAGGCUUAUGCGUAUCUGAGGGAGUCAUUGAAUUCUCCUCUUCUUAUUAUCACGUGCAAUCAGACGCUGAGUUCGUCGUGAUCGAAAUAGUACGGUCCUUCGAUACCGUAGAUCUCGACUGGGUUCUGAGAGGAAGUGCACACAAGCCAGUCGUCGUUGUCCAAACUGUCGACAGCAGAUCGGCGCACAGUGUGAGCGGAGCGCAGCAAAGGUUGACAGAUUUCGAGACGACUAUGGAGACCUUGGAGUUCGACGUUACUUUCGAUGCUUUCACUGACAGCCUCAGUGAAAAUGCAUUCACACUUUUGCUGAAUUCCACCAACUCGACUAGUGAUUUGAUUACCUCCAGCGGGGUCCCUUAUUCGGGAGUUUCAUGGCGUGGUGAAGCAAUGAGAACGAUCUCAUUAAAGCACUCGGUGCAAAUACCGGUUUUCGACAAUGGGGUAUACGACGCCGAAGAGAAGUUCUUUACCGUGAGGCUGGUCGUGGACUCGGAGACGACCGCCGGCUCUGUGAUGCCCAUGACUCCGUUCACUCCGUAUUUUGAGAGAAGCGACAUAUCAGCUGUACCCGGCUCCUUGGUCCAGCAUGCUCAGCUGGACGAGGCAAGGGUUUAUAUAUGGGAUAGAAGCGACACGGCAUCAGCAUCCGACACUUUCCUAAAAUCAGAUUCUCCGAUUGCUACGGGAGAGAUAUUCCGGACAGGCCCUCAAGUUGGAACGGUCAUCGAUGUCGAGUUCAUAGCGCAGAAGUGCUUGGUAGAAGCCGCUGAUGGUUGCAGUCAGCUCGGCCCGGUGGACAGCGCUAAUGAUGUCGCGCGUUUUCUCGUGAUCACUGAGCCAACAAUGAAGGGGAGCUCCGACCGUAUGCUUGGUGACGCGCUGUAUACGCGAAAGGCCCUAGCUUCGAAUGGUAUAUACAAAAGCUACUCUAUGCCCUUCAUAGCUGGUCCAUUCCGAAUCCAUAUACAGCAGUCUUUUGCUGGGCUAAAUGCUAUGUAUUACUCCUGGUCACCGGAACCAGCUGCGUAUCAACGCCCCGAUAUACUCAGAAUUGAUCACGGCCUCACACAUGACUGGCGCUCCGGUCGAGACUCUCCGAGAUAUGUCCGCUGGACGGGUUUCCUGCACUGGGACUGUCUGCGAGAUCGUUUCGAUAGACUCGGCAGCGCAGUGCCUAGUCUGUUAGGGGUGGCGGUGUCUGCGCAGAGCUGGGUUAGAAUAGCUUGGAAGAAUAUAGGAAUCGUUCUCGAGGAGUACAGAGCUGGGUACUCGUGGAUGACCGAUGACGAGUGGAACAGACCUAACAUCAGCGUUGUUCAGAGCAAGGGAUGUACCCCAGCGGUCGCGGGAGAUGGGAUCUACUGCUUCGCCAUCGCUGGUGGAGAGUGGGUUAUGAUAGCAUCGUUGACUGUUACCGCGCGCAGUAAGAAUCCCGGCACCAUUUCUCGCUUGUCAUCCUUCGCUCCUAUUUAG